AUGGGACCUCCAGUUGAAUUGGAUUCUAAUUUUGAAGUUGCGGAAAGGCGCUUUAAUUCAUUGGAAAGGAAAUUAAAUAAAAAUCCCGAAAUUGCGGACCAGUACAAAAAAAUUGUUAAGGAUCAAUUAGAAUGCGAUAUUGUCGGAAAAUGUGUUUAUAAAGACACUCGGACGGGAUAUUAUAUGCCUCACAGAGCGGUUAUCCGUGACGAUAAAGCUACGACUCAAGUAAGAAUAGUCUAUGAUUGUAGUAGUAAGGGAGGGGAAAAUAAAAAAUCUUUGAAUGAUUCACUUGAGACAGGAGUUAAUCUUAAUGCCAAUUUAUUGGAUGUUAUUCUUAAAUUUCGGGAAAAUCAAAUUGCGUUUUGCGGAGAUUUAGAAAAGGCAUUUCUUAUGAUAGAGAUUGCAGAUGAAGAUAGAAAAUAUCUAAAAUUUUUAUGGUUUCCGGACGAUACGGGCGGCUCAAAGCAAGUAUUUAAUUUUAAUCGUCUUCCCUUUGGCUUAACUACAUCUCCCUUUGCUUUGGCUUGCGUUUUAAAAUUUCAUAUAAGGAAAUUUAGAGAUAAAUAUCCUAAAUGUUGUGAAAUGUUAAAUUCUCUAUAUGUCGAUGACUUAUAUUAUGGAGCAGAUACCGCGCAGGAUGCUUAUCAGUUAACUUCUUCUGCUAUAGAUAUAUUACGCUCCGCCGGGUUUAAUUUAAGGAAAUUAAGAACUAAUUGUGUCGAGUUAAAUAAACUUUGGUUUGAGAAUGGGUAUAAAGAAAAUACUGAUCAUGGGCAAGGAUCGGGUUUCUUAGGAUUGAAUUGGGAUCCAAUUGAGGACGAGAUUAAGUUGAAUUUAAAAGAUGUUAGGAAUUCCUUGGAAUUUGGAAUCAACAACGGAACUUCUAAAAGACAUGUGCUGAGAGUAAUCUCUCAAGUUUUCGAUCCUUGUGGACUAAUCAGCCCUUUUGUAAUCACAGUUAAAAUUCUCAUUCAAGAAUUAUGGAAAAGGAGCCUCGAAUGGGAUGAACAGCUACCACAGGAUUUGGAAGAAAAAUGGAACACUUGGUGCUCUGAACUCUCUGCUAUAGAUAACUUGCGGAUUGAACGAAAACUGUUUACGAAAUUAAGAACGAAUGACAUUUCACUCCACAUCUUCUGUGACGCUAGUCCUAAAGCCUAUGGGGCUGUGGCGUAUUUCCGAUACAUCACCGAAGAAGGAAGUGCUAAGGUGAGCUUUAUUAUGUCUAAAAGUAAGGUUGCUCCUUUGAAAACCUUAACCCUUGCGAGAUUGGAACUGAUGGCAGCACUCAUCGGUGCUCGCUUAGCGAAAUACUUGCAGGACACCUUUCCAUCUUUAAUUAAAAGAAUUUAUUUAUGGAGUGACUCGAAAAUUGUUAUCCAUUGGGUGAAGGGAUCGGCAAAAAUAUGGAAACCCUUUGUGUGUAACAGAGUAACUCAGGUACAGUUACUUACUUCUCCGCUCUGUUGGAACCAUUGUAGUGGAUCGGAAAACCCUGCUGAUUUAACUACGAGAGGGGAAUCGGCGAAAGCAUUUCUCUCAAGUUCUCUUUGGUGGACGGGACCUGAGUGGCUGUCUCGGCCGGUACAUUCGUAG